UGAACAAAGUGUAGCAUAACUUAUUAAUGAACUUUAUACGAAAUUUCCAAAUUAUGAUAUUAAUACUUUUGUAAAUCCAUAUUUAAAGUUAACAUUAUUACAUAUAAAUGCAUAAUAUGGGAGGUCUAAUAUAAUUUAAGGGCUAUUGGAAUAAAAUCCGAUUAUAGAUAUUAGAGAUAUAAAUUAAAGAACGCCUUUACAUUAUGCAGCUAUGAGUGGCAAUAUUGAGUGUUUAAAAUCAUUAAUUAAAAAAGGUGCUAAUAUUAAUGCAUAAACUUCUGUAUUUUAUUUAUAUUUAUUUUAGUUUUAAUAUAUAAAUAAAAAGGGCAAUGAAACACCUCUAAUGAAAGCUGCAUAGUUUAAUUAAUAAAAUACUUUGUUUUACUUACUUUAAAAUAAGGCAGAUACAAGUAUUAAAAAUUUUCUUUAGCAAAGUGUGUCUGAUAUUCUAAGAAUAUAAAACCCAAAUUUAUAUUAAAUAACAAAAUAAAAUUUCCCUUAAUAAAUAAAUUGAAAUAAAAAUUAUAUUCUUAUCUAUUAUUAUUUUACAAUAUAACUGAAGUUAUUUUAAUUAGUAAUUUUAAGCAAAUUAAAUAAAAUAUCUAAAAUUUAAAUCUCAAUAGUA